AUGGCCCCUCCUAAGGUCUUCUCGCUCGAUGGCCAAGGCCUCAAGCUUACCACUGCCGAGGACAUCGAAUCUCACAUUAAGCCUCUUGUUGAGAACACCGAUUUCACUGAGAUUCACCUUGGUGGAAACACUUUUGGAAUUGGGGCCUCCGAGCGUCUUGCUGUUGUCCUCGCGACCCAGAAGAGCCUCGAAGUUGCCGACCUGGCUGAUAUCUUCACCUCCCGUCUCCUUUCUGAGAUUCCUCCCGCCCUCAAGGCCCUCCUGGAUGCCAUUCUCAAGAUCCCUACUGCCCACACUGUCAAUCUCUCCGAUAACGCUUUCGGUCUGAACACUCAGGCUCCCCUUGUCGAUUUCCUGUCCAAGCACACCCCGCUCCGCCACCUGAUCCUGAACAACAACGGCCUUGGCCCUGCUGCUGGAACAUUGAUCGCCGAUGCCCUGAGCAAGCUGGCUGAGCGCAAGGAGGAGGCCCGCAAGGAUGGCAAGGAGGUUGUUGCUUUGGAGAGCAUUGUUUGCGGUCGUAACCGUCUGGAGAAUGGCAGUAUGGAGGCGUGGGCUCGUGCCUACGAGAAGCACUCUGCAGGCAUGAAGUCCAUUAAGAUGACCCAGAAUGGUAUCCGCCAAGAGGGUAUCUCGCACCUGCUCAAGAACGGUCUCCGUCACUGCCACUCUUUGGAGGUUAUGGAUUUGCAGGACAAUACAUUCACUGUUAUGGGUUCUACAGCUUUGGCGUCUGUGCUUGAGGGCUGGCCAUCUCUCAUUGAACUUGGUGUCGGUGACUGUCUUCUCUCCGCCCGUGGUGGUGUGAAGGUUGCUGAGGCCCUGGCUGCCAACAAGAACCAGAAGCUGCAGACCCUGCGUAUGCAGUACAACGAGGUCAAGGCUGACACUGUCAAAGCCCUUGCUCACGCUGCCAAGACCGCCCUUCCCAACCUGCGUCGUGUCGAGCUCAAUGGUAACAUCUUCUCCGAUGAGGAUGUCAACAUCACUGCCCUGAAGGAGCUCCUGGAGGCUCGCCAGGAGGAGCACGGCACUGACGAGGACCCCGAGGACACCUGGGGCGUUGAUGAGCUGGAUGAGCUUGAAUCUGAGGACGAGGAGGAGGAGGAAGACGAAGAGGAGGAGGAAGAGGAGGAAGAGGAGCGCAAGGCUGAGAAGGACGUGAAGGCUGCCGAUCUUGUCGAGGAGGAGAAGGUUGCUCAGGAGUCGGACAAGGAAGUCGAUGCUUUGGCCGAUGCUUUGGGCAAGACUGGCCUUUAG